GUCUCACCACCUUCCUCGCUUAAGCUUCUCCCAUCGUCGUCCCAACCACGCCCCCUACCUCCCUGAAAACAAUGCCAAAAACCUACGAAUACCUCUCCCCCGAACAAGUUGCGCAUUUUCUGGAACACGGGUAUAUCAUUAUCAAGGGGGCUUUCAGCGAGGAGAAGGCAGCGCAGUGGACCGCCAAUCUCUGGGUGCGCCUGGGAAUGGACCCAGGGGAUAAGACAACGUGGACCCGAGAACGGGUACACAUGCCUGUGCAUAAGAGGGAGUUAGUGGAAACGUUUGCGCCGAAGGCGUGGGCGGCGAUUAAAGACCUGUUAGGCGGCGAAGAACGAAUCGACGAGCAUGCUUCCACCUGGGGCGAUUCCUUCAUCGUCAACCUGGGAACGGACGAAUUGGAAAAGGCGACCGAGUUUGUUCAUCCCAGGGAUAUGGACAACUGGCAUGUUGACGGAGACUUCUUCAUCCAUUACUUGGAUUCACCGGAGCAAGCACUUUUGGUUGUACCCAUCUUCUCCAACAUUGCUCACAACGGAGGCGCAACGUACAUCUCCCCCGACGGACUCGAGCUGAUUGCUCGGUAUUUGGCUGAACACCCAGAAGGCGUCACGCCUGUCGACCUCACCCUCAUCCCCUCCACAACACCCCACACCUCCAAUCCAGAACAAGACCCCGGAUUCUGGUCUCACCUCAAAGAAAUCAAACGGUGCUCCAAGUUCGUCGAACUCACGGGCGAAGUGGGAGAUGUGGUUCUGAUGCACCCGCUCAUGCUGCACACGGCGUCGAAGAACUAUUUGCGGGUUCCGAGGGUUAUCACGAAUCCGCCUGUCGGGUUGAAACAGCCGUUUAAUUUCAACAGGGAGGAUGAAGGGGAGUAUAGUUUGGUGGAGAGGAAGACGCUUAGGGCGCUCGGUGUGGAUAGGCUUGAGUUUAGGCCUACGACGGAGAGGAGGAGGAUUGUCCCGGAGAGGGUUAAGAUUCAGGAGAGGAUGAAGCAGGAGGAGGAGACGAGACUUAGGAAUUUGAAUUAAAGGAAGCCCUGUAUGAU